UUCGUAAAAGCGCGUGUUUCACACUUGCAAUCCCGACCCACCGUUUAUGCUCUCCCCAACCGCCAUUGAUUUUCCCUUUUAACACCAUCACUCCAAAACACAACUCACUACCCUCUCCCUCCCUCUCCAGAUUUCAUUUCAAUUCCUUCUUCUUACACUAAUGUCUUCCCUCCUCCACCUCGCUUCAUCUCAGGAAGAUCGAGAAGAAGGUGGUGGAGGAGGAGGAAUAAUCCAGAUUAUUCCACCCAACACUAUUCUUCUUCCUUCUCAAACCUUUCUCUCUGCAGCCGUCUCUUUCAAGAAUCAGGUUGUGGAGCUUACUUGGAAACAGAGAGGUAACGCGGAUAUUGGAGUUGAUCCGACGGUGUAUAACGGCUUACUUGGGACGGCGGUAACUUGCCUGAGAUCGUACGAGGCCACCGGAAACCACCAGGACUUGGUAUUGUGUUCUGAUAUUGUAGAUAAAUGUACGGUUCUAGCACGUGCCUCUCACAGGCACUUGACUUUUCUUUGUGGUAGAGGAGGAGUUUAUGCUCUUGGCGCCGUGGUAUCUCAUUACAUGAGGGACCCUCAAAAGCUUGACUUCUUCUUCAAUCUUUUUCUUAAGGCAGCAGAAGAGAAAGCACUCCCUAUUGGACCUGAAGAAGGAGGUUUUGGAAUGUCAUAUGAUCUCCUGUAUGGGCGAGCUGGGUUCUUAUGGGCUGCCUUAUUCAUUAAUAAGCAUCUUGGAGAGCAGAGAAUACCUCAUGAUCUUCUCAUGUCCGUAGUUGAUGCUGUUUUAGCGGGUGGCAGGGCGGGUGCAUCCGACAACCCAGACUGCCCUUUGAUGUUCAGAUGGCAUGGGACGAGAUAUUAUGGUGCAGCCAACGGCCUGGCUGGUAUCUUGCAAGUACUUUUGCAUUUCCCACUUUCAAAAGAGGACACUGAUGAUGUUAAGGGGACGUUGAGAUAUUUGAUGAGCAAAAGAUUUCCACACAGCGGUAACUAUCCCUCAAGUGAAGGCAGCCCAAGGGACAAAUUAGUGCAAUGGUCUCAUGGGGCCACUGGCAUUGGCAUUACCCUCUGCAAGGCUUCACAGGUUUUCCAUGAAGACAGGGAGUUCAGGGACGCUGCAAUUGAAGCAGGGGAAGUAGUAUGGAAAAAUGGAUUGGUAAAGGAAGUUGGACUUGCUGACGGUGUUGCCGGCAAUGCAUAUGCCUUUCUUUCCCUUUAUCGCCUUACCGGAGAGAGUGUCUAUGAAGAAAGAGCCAGAGCAUUUGGAACCUACCUGUAUCAUAAUGCUAGCAAGCUUGUUGCUACCCAAAACCAGGUUGGAGGCGACCGUCUUUUCUCUCUUUUCCAUGGACUAGCUGGAACUGCAUGCCUUUGGUUCGAUUUGCUUGAACCUGAGAAGUCAAGGUUCCCAGGUUAUGAAUUAUAGUUGAAGCUCAACUCAAAAGCAUCCCCCUUGGAGUAUGAAGUUGUGUAUAUUAUUCCACUGAUGUCUUGAUGUUUGGAUCUUUUGGUGUGAUGGACUCGUUAAUAAUCAAUUGUACAGUGCCUAAGAUGUGUUACGAUAACACACCAAUUGAAGUUCUAGAAUUGGGUUUUCAAGAAUGAAAACAAGUCAAGGCAGGGGUGUUGAUUUCUUGACCUUGAAGUUUGAAAUCACAUUUCACGUGCUUGAAUAAAAAAAAAAA